AUGGAUGCCCAGAUCUCCAGCUGGGUAAGCACGUGCCAACCAUGCCAAGCUACCAGGCCAGCUCUACCAUCAUCCACUCCUACCAGGUGGGAAGAUGCUGGGGCCCCUUGGUCCCGGCUGCACAUUGAUCUGGCAGGCCCUGUGCACGGGCGAACUUUCCUAGUCAUUGUGGACUCAUUCUCAAAGUGGAUAGACUUAGCCCUGCUGCCCUCCACAACCACUCUGGCUAUCACAAAGGCUCUAACUAGAUUAUUUGUCACCCAUGGCCUCCCAGACACCCUUGUAUCCGACAAUGGCCCCCAGUUCACCUCGUGUGAAUUUGAGAUCUUUGCAGCCAACCUGGGCAUCAGGCACGCCCUCACAGCCCCUUUUCACCCUGCUAGCAACGGGAUGGCUGAAAGGGCAGUCAGGUCAGUAAAGGAGGCCCUGGAGAGGUUUGGCCCAAUUGACUGGCACUCCAAACUUUCCAGGUACCUACUGACCCAGCACUCAACCCCCUGUACCACCACCAAUAAGUCCCCUGCAGAGCUCCUAAUGGGCAGACGCCUUAGAACCACCCUGGAUAGGCUGCACCCCCAUUACACCCCAGUUUCCCCUUUGGCAUCUGACAGCCAGACCAGGGAGUUCACCCAGCAUGACCUUGUCUAUGCAAGGAAUUACUCUGGCCAUCCAUUAUGGGUGCCAGGGCAAGUCGUGGCUAUAACAGGACCUAAGUCCUACAGGGUGCUCCUGGACGACGGUCGUAUCUGGCGCUGGCACAUCGACCAGCUGAGGAGGCAUUGGAGAGUGGCUGACGGCGAUCCACGCUGCCCGCCAAGCGAACCGGUCUACCUGCUGAGUGCCGAGACCUUCCCGCUGAGCGAACCGGUCUACCCGCCGAGAGACGAGACCAUCCCGCCGAGCGAACCGGUCUACCCGCCGUGGCGAGCUGAGUGA